AGCUGCGAUACGCCGAGCGUUCAACAUCCGAGGACUUUGGCCCAGAGUAACCCCGCUGGCGUGACCUUUCCCCUCUAUCCCGCACCUCCCGCUGCCCGCCCCGCGAGAGGGCGGCCGUUGGCGCGCUCGGCUCUUCUUCUGGAGCCCCAGUUCUGCACCCCCCCUUCCCCCUUGGUCCUUCGCGCUGCACUUCGUCAUGGCGGCCCUCAGCAAGUCCAUCCCUCAUAACUGCUACGAGAUUGGCCACACUUGGCACCCUUCCUGCCGGGUCUCUUUCCUGCAGAUCACCGGGGGCGCCCUGGAGGAGUCCCUGAAGAUCUAUGCCCCUCUGUACUUGAUUGCAGCAAUUCUUCGGAAACGAAAAUUAGACUAUUAUUUACAUAAACUGCUUCCUGAGAUCCUACAGUCUGCUUCCUUUCUGACAGCGAAUGGGGCCUUGUACAUAGCUUUCUUUUGCACUUUAAGGAAAAUACUUGGAAAAUUUUACUCAUGGACUCCUGGCUUUGGUGCCGCUUUGCCAGCAUCUUAUAUGGCCAUUCUAAUCGAAAGAAAAAGCAGGAGAGGACUGCUCACAAUUUAUAUGGCCAACUUGGUUCUUUUGUUCUGCAUCACAGCUGCCAUGUACAUGUUCUUUUUCAGGUGCAAAGAUGGCUUGAAAGGAUUUGCGUUUUCUGCACUUAGGUUCAUUGUAGGAAAGGAAGAAAUUCCCACACAUUCUUACUCACCAGAGGCAGCAUAUAUAAAAGUUGAACAAAAGAAAGAGAAGCUUGAAGACAAACCAAGAAAAAUGAAUAUAAUUGCUUUAGUCAGGAAACUUGUGGAUUCAAUAUGCAAGAAUGGACCAAGGCAUAGAUGUUGCAAACACUAUGAAGAUAACUGCAUCUCUUACUGCAUUAAAGGUUUCAUCAGGAUGUUUAGUGUGGGAUACUUGAUCCAGUGCUGCCUCCGGAUCCCCUCUGCAUUUCGGCAUCUGUUUACACAACCAUCCAGGCUACUGUCUCUUUUCUACAAUAAAGAAAACUUCCAACUGGGAGCUUUUCUUGGCUCUUUUGUUAGUAUAUACAAGGGUACUAGUUGCUUCCUGCGUUGGGUCAGAAACCUGGACGAUGAGCUCCAUGCUAUUAUAGCUGGAUUUUUGGCAGGCGUAUCAAUGAUGUUCUAUAAGAGCACAACAAUUUCCAUGUAUUUAGCUUCAAAAUUGGUGGAGACCAUGUAUUUCAAAGGCAUUGAAGCAGGGAAGGUUCCCUAUUUUCCUCAUGCGGAUACUAUCAUCUAUUCCAUCUCUACAGCAAUUUGCUUCCAGGCAGCUGUCAUGGAAGUGCAAACUUUGCGACCAUCUUACUGGAAAUUUCUUUUAAGGCUCACCAAGGGCAAAUUUGCUGUCAUGAACCGGAAAGUCCUUGAUGUUUUUGGCACUAGUGCGUCUAAAUGCUUUCAGGAUUUCACCCCCAGGCUGGAUCCAAGAUACACAACUGUGCCACCAGAGUUGCCUGUGGAGUUUUCUUGAAGAUGGCUGUAACUUAUUCGUGCGACUAAAUGUUUCAUCAUUUUAUCCUGAAGAGUGAAUUAUGUUGAACACAAAGAAGGGGGCCCAAGCUCAGACUUCAGUGUUAUUUCAAUGAGAGAUGUACUUUGUUUUUCUUACCAAUCAGAGACACAGAAGCUUUUUAGGCUGGUGUUGCUUAAUAAUUAAGCUUCCUCCGUAGCCAGAAUCUGAUUCUGGGUCAUUGUUGUAGUUGACAUUAUGAUAUAUUAUCGAUUAAAUUAUGUCCAAAAGCAAUAUUAAAUCUAUAUAGAAGUGUAAUAAUGAAUAAGAGGACAGUUAAAAUUACAUUAAAAGAUGUCUUUAGUUCAUUCCAAUAGUAUUCUUGGUCGAAACUAAGAAUAUUUCUGCAUUUUAGAAUUUACAAAGGAUCACGGGUACAUGAUUGAUCUGAUUAUUUUUAACUUUUACAGUGGUAUCUGUAGUUGUAGAAUGAUAUAGAUUUAAAGUAACUCUCUACAUAUAAUGCUGCUCUAGUAUGGAGCAACUCAGUUGGAGAGAGGUGGCCAUUCUUCAGGGAUGAAAAAAUGGGUCUCAAAGCACUGGGAUAAAAGUGGUCUUUUUCAGCUGAUAACAUCAUCUCUCCACUACAUCAUUUGGGCUGUUGGGCAGCCCGGGGAACCUGUGUACUGCAGACAGGUUAAGAACAAAUGGAAAUUGAUACAUCUGAUAUAGUUGAAACAGAUGUUUUAAUCCUUUGUAAUAGCAUUGCACUUGAAUAUUUAAAAACAAUACUUUUAAAUCUGUAGGUUCUCCUUUAUUAGGGCCAAAUUUGUCAUAGCUCAGUUUGACCUUACAAAAGGGAUCAAAACCUAUGGGGCAAAAACGCGUUGGUGAGUCAGCGUGUUGAGCUCUCUCGGCUGUUUCAACUGCAUAGUGGAUAUCUUAUAGCUGAAAAUAAUAUAAAAAUCCAACUGUUGUUAAAAAGUCUAUCUUAUCACUAUUUGGAUUCAGGUUCUCUGGCUUGCUUUAAAAAAAUCAUCAUCACCCUUUCAUUCUGGAAUGAAGAAGUGACAAAACAGAGUCAUUGUUGAAAUUGAAAGUUCAGGACAGCAGUGAUUGAAAUAUCAUCACUCUUCCAAGUUGUUCAGGGAAAAGUUACGCUUUUCUAAGUUAAUUAAAGGCUUAAGUGGCUGUGCUAUAUACAGUCAAUGUAACAUAUGGGAAUGAUGGGUUUUUUUAAUACAGUUUUGUUGCUGAAAGGUUUUUAGGCCAUUGAAUAGUAUGCAUUACAGCUUGUAUUGCAACAGGGAUUAUAACCUGGACUCUAAAAAGAUGUAAGCCCCAGUAUUCAAUGUCAUCAAGCCUUGUGAACUUCUGUUUCUUUGUAAUCUUAUCCUUGGUUAUUAUGGCAAAUGGAAACCUAACAAAAAAGACACAGGUACCAUGGCAACACAAAGAACCACUUAAGUUGGCCAAAAUUUCCAUUGUGAUUAACUUUUUAGAAUGAUCUGUCCAGUUGAAGAAUCAUUUUGGUUUCAGAUUUCAAAAUGUUUAACAAGUUUAGUCUUUUAAGUUUCUAUUCACUGGAAUCAAAAUGAUGACUGUUACCGUGUUUACUUUUUCAAAUGAAGUAUUAAAGCACUGAGAAAGCUC